UGUGUGCGAUUGCGGAAGCAAAACAAAAAUCACCUGACUGUCAGUCUGUAGGACAGUGUUUCAGUUCCUAUCAGCAGGUUGGUGAAGAAGCGAGCUGCAGAAACAUGGCAAGCGCACAGAGGUACCAGGACAAGGUGGUGAUCGUGACCGGGGGUUCGAAGGGGAUCGGGAGGGGCAUCGUCAAAGUGUUUGUGCAGAACGGGUCAAAAGUUGUUUUCUGCGCCAGAGGAGUGGAAGCAGGUAAACGUGUGGAGGACGAGCUGAAUAAAGCCGGACCGGGUUUGUGUCACUUCGUGUCUUGUGACAUCUCUAAAGAAGAGGAGAUUAAGAUGCUGAUCAACACGACCGUCGAACGCUUCGGAAAAAUCGACUGUCUGGUGAAUAACGCCGGCUGGCAUCCUCCUCAUAAACCCACGGACGAGACCAGCGCGGACGAGUUCAGAGAUUUACUCAACCUGAACCUGAUCAGCUACUUCCUCGCGUCCAAGUUUGCUCUUCCGUAUUUGAGGAAGACUCAAGGCAACAUCAUCAACGUCUCCAGUCUUGUGGCUUCGAUCGGACAGAAAGACGCCGCCCCGUACGUCGCCACCAAGGGGGCGAUCAUCUCCAUGACCAAAGCCAUGGCUGUGGAUGAAAGUCGCUAUAAUGUGAGAGUGAACUGCUUUUCCCCCGGGAAUGUGAUGACGCCUCUGUGGGAGGAACUCGCAGGUCAAACCCCCGACGCAGCCGCCGCCAUUAAAGAGGGAGAGAACGCACAGCUGUUUGGCCGGAUGGGUACUGAGGAGGAAAGUGGACUCAUGGCUCUGUUUUUUGCUGCUGAUGCCACCUUCUGCACGGGGAUCGACCUCCUGCUGAGCGGAGGAGCCGAACUCAACUACGCCUUCAAAAGUCAAAUCCCUCACUAAUGUGGAACCUGCAAAUGUCUCUGAGGCCCGAGGCGAGAAUCUCCUGCUUCCUGUCCGAGACGAGUCCUUUGUUUACUUGUUUGUGACAAAAACCAUGAAAACUUUAAUUUCCUAAUUUCUUAAUAAUAAUUAUAAUACUUUAAUCCGAACAGGAUGUAAUACGCUCUGUCUGAUUAAUGAUGAUUUAUUAAUACAUAUUUUAAUGUACUGAAUUUUAUUUAAUUGUGCAGAAAAAAAAUCUCCAACAUUCCUGUGUGUGUGUGUGUGUGUGUGUGUGUGUGUGUGUGUGUGUGUGUGUGUGUGUGUGUGUGUGUGUGUGCCUGCGUGCGCACGCACGCAUGUGCAUCAUUUUUACCUGAAAUAAAUAAAUUGUGGAAAUAAAAUAAACACAUGAAUCAAAAAUA